AUGGCUUCUUCAAACGCCGAUUUGAAGACGAGGAUUGCUACAUUACGACACGAAAUCUUGUCGUACAAACCAGGCAAGGCUGUAUCUUGUGAUGAUGAACGAGUGGUGUUUCCUGAUAAGCUUGUCGUUGGUAUGAUUGAUCCGUUCAGGUAUGCGCUCGACAUAGUCCCUGCUCUGAGACGCGUUCUUCAUGGAGACGUUAAGCCGAGCCGCGUCCCUCUAUGUGGUAUAUAUCGUUACGGAGACAUCCCCACAGCGAGAAAUAAAUUGAAGCAUCUCGGGAUCACUGAUAUGUACGAAAUACCUUACCCUGAUGAAGUUAGCUCAAAUGAUGGUGACUUGCAGUGGCUUGACCUUCUACGUGGAUGCCUUCAUGAAGGUGGCAGAACAAUAUCUGAGAAAGCGAUGCGCUCAUUGGUAGCAGAAAUGACAAAGAAACUUGAGUCUAAGCAACAACGCAUUGACACUUUGACAGAAACCGUAGGGGAGAAAGAGCGAAAUGAGAAGACUCUGACACAGCAAGUUAAAGAGUUAAAUAAAGGAAGAGAGGAAGACAGUGCAAGAGCUGAGAAAGAGAAGCGCUCAUUGGCAGCAGAAAUGACGAAGAAACUCGAGUCUAAGCAACAUCAUGUAGACACUUUGACAGAAAUCGUAGGUGAGAAAGAGCGAGAAAAGACGACUCUAAGACAGCAAGUUCAGGAGCUAAAGAAAGGAAAGGAGGAAGACAGAGCAAGAUCUGAGAAAGAGAAGCGCUCAUUGGUAGCAGAAAUGACGAAGAGACUCAAGUCUAAGCAACAACGCGUAGACACUUUGACAGAAACCGUAGGGGAGAAAGAGCGAAACGAGACAACUCUUAGACAACAAACUGAGGAACUUAAGAAAGGAAGAGAGGAAGACAGAGCAAGAGCUGAGAAGGACAAACGGUUAAUAGAAUUAAGCUGGAAGAAAAAGCAUGACUUCAAGGAACAGCUUUUGGAGCAACUUGAGCGUGAGACCUGGAGACUGAGAACCAAAAUUCAACUAGAAAGUGAGAUACGAUCAGCAGAGCAGAAGAAUAAAGCAGAUACACAACAAUGGAGUUUCAUUCCUUGGGUGACAUCUGGAAAAAAAGCUCAGGGUGACUCAUCAUCAUUUGAGGAUAAUUCAAGCGGAGGACUGGGAAGGAGUGAAAUAUUACAAGCAGGAGAAGAGCCCCCAGAUGAUGAGUUUGCAGGUAUAUUACAACAGAUAGCUGACGAUCUUUACGAUGAAGCCAAGAUCGACAGCCUUGCUGGUCAGAUGGGAAUCCUACAUGGUGAUAUACAGAGAGCGCUCAUGACCAAUAUGAGGUUCGGCCGUAUUACCAGUGAUGGAACUCGCCAUAUGCUGAAACAAUGGAGAAGAGGUGUGUCCAGGGAAGAUGAACGGAUUGAGCUAAAGAAGGCACUGCAAGCUGCCAAGUUGGUCAACCUUGCAGACCUGUAUCUCAGCGAAGGUGUAGAAGAAGAACAGAUCGAUGCUGAAUAUGCCAGCGAAGACGUCAAUGAUCAGCAGCCCUCUAAUAGAGAUGAAACCUCUCUAGAACAGGACCGGACCAAAGGACACACUGACAUCCAGGUACUUCAGGAAGCUACAGCGAGCAGUAACAAUACUCCUCGAGAUGGGCAUUCCGGAGACACGGCUACCAAAACCCAGGAAGACUUGACAGAUGGAAGUAGGAGUCAACAUCUUGAACAAUCACCGGAGCGCAGUACAGAGGACUUGGAUGAAUCUGAAUUAGAGUCCUCUAAAGAAGUUCAUCCUGGAGAUGAUAUGAACAACGUUAGUAGCAUUCAACUUUCUGAACAAUCGCCCAGCCAUGAAAUGCAAGUCCUACCUGAAGACCUGAAGACCUGUCUGAGAUAG